AUGGCCAGUGAUUCGGCGGCAGCAUCCCUUCCUCCGGAAGCUAUCGAGUUCGCAGGACGCAUGUAUAACGCCGCACGAGCCGGAGAGAUUGAGAUAUUUCAACAGGCUUUACCAGCUGGUCUCCCUCCUAAUUUGACUAACGAAAAAGGGGAUUCACUUCUUAUGCUCGCGGCUUAUCAUGGGCAUGCUGACCUUGUCAAACUUCUUAUUCAACAUGGAGCCGAUCCGAAUCGUAUUAACGAUAGGGGUCAAAGCCCCUUAGCAGGUGCCGUUUUUAAGAAGGAGGAUAGUGUAAUCGAGGCGCUAUUGGAAGGCGGUGCUGAUCCGGAGCAUGGUUCACCCUCUGCACUUGCCUGUCUAGCCAUGUUUCAACAGGAGGGUCAGUGGGGAGACAAGUUUACAUCGGCCCCAGGAAGAGGGAAAGCUGGAAACUCCGCAUCUUUAUCCAAUACCGACGCCAACUAG